GCAAGUGCUUUCAGUCAAGUCUAAACAAUUCAACGUCACUAUGAAGGUCACUUUAGUGUUUUCAAUUCACCUUGGUCUUUUGAUCUUGGUUCAGUGUGCUAGAAAUCAAUUUGAAACCUUUUCAAAUUUUCUAGAAAUUCAACGCCAUAAACAGACAUAUGACGCUCCAGAUUUGAUGAUUGAUGAAUUCGUUGUUCACGUAGACUCACAAGACGGGUUGAAAGCGGCUGACAAGAUUGCAAGCUUACCGGGACAACCAAAAUCCGACUUUAAUCAAUAUUCAGGCUAUGUAACAGUUGAUCCAAAUCCUAGUACUGGUAGAGCUCUGUUCUACUAUUUUGUAGAGUCACCAAACAAAUCUUCUACAAAACCGCUUGUGUUAUGGCUUAGCGGAGGACCCGGAUGUUCUUCGAUUGGAGCUGGAGCAAUGAUGGAACUUGGCCCGUUUCGAGUCAAUAAGGAUCGUAAAACUCUAUCGAUAAACAAAUAUUCUUGGAAUCAAGUGGCUAAUAUACUAUUCUUGGAAUCUCCGGCCGGCGUCGGAUUUUCAUACUCCAAAAAACCCUCCGACUACAAAACCUUCGGAGAUACACAAACGGCAAAAGAUUCAUACACAUUUUUAAUCAACUGGUUCAAGAGGUUCCCGGAGUACAAAACCAGAGAUUUUUUCAUCGCCGGAGAAAGUUACGCCGGCCAUUACAUACCUCAACUUGCUGAGUUAAUCCUUACAAGCAACCGGAACAAUAAGAAUACCACUAUCAACCUAAAAGGAAUCUUGAUUGGAAAUGCGUAUAUUGAUGAAGAAACUCAAGAAACAGGAACCCAUGAUUUUUGGUGGUAUCAUUCGAUGAUUUCCGAUGAAAUCCACGAUGGAAUCGUUAAGAAUUGCAACUUUUCAUGGAAAUCGGUUAAAUCGGCGAAGUGUAACGAGUAUAUUGACAAAGAGCAUCAACUUGUCGAGAAACUCUUUGCAUACGAAAUCUAUGCUCCGUUGUGUUUGAAUGGGACAUCUGCCAAGACAACAGGGUUUGAUCCGUGCAGCGAAGAGUAUAUCAAAAGUUACCUGAACAUCCCUGCAGUCCAAAAAUCGCUUCACGCAAAUCUCACCCGUCCUUCGGGACCCUGGAAAGGUUGCAAUGACGAGUUAGUAGGAUGCUGGAAAGAUAAACCGUUUUCUGUUUUACCAAGCAUCAAAAGAGUCAUGGGGAGCGGCAUUCGCUUUUGGCUAUUAUGUGGGGACAUUGAUGCUAGCGUGCCGGUGACAGCAACCAAAUAUGCAAUAAAGAAACUUAACCCAGCGAUCAAGACACCAUGGUACACAUGGUACUUAAAUCACGAGGUCAUGAACUAUAUUACAAUUACAAAUUUAAAUAUAUUUUAUCGUGUUAAAAUCCUUAAAUGUACAAACAUUUUUUGUUUUUGUCUAUGCUUAGGUCGGUGGAUUUGCGGUUCGAGACUGUUAGAUCGAAUGAAAAGUAAAUGUAAAAAUGUGAAACCAUCCACACUCGUUGCGCACUCACAUGAUGGAUUGAAGGCGGCUGACAAGAUUUCAAGGUUACCUGGACAACCAAGUGAAUCCAAGUUUAAUCAAUAUUCAGGUUAUGUAACAGUUGAUCCACAUCAUGGUAGAGCCUUGUUUUACUAUUUUAUCGAGUCAGAAAACAAUUCUUCUACAAAACCUCUUGUAUUAUGGCUUAACGGAGGACCCGGAUGUUCUUCGCUUGGAAGCGGAGCAAUGAUGGAACUUGGUCCUUUUCGAGUCAAUAAAGAUGGUAAAACUCUAUCAAUAAACAAAUAUUCUUGGAAUCAAGUGGCUAAUAUCCUAUUUUUGGAAUCUCCUGCCGGCGUCGGAUUUUCAUAUUCCAACAAAUCCUCUGACUACAAAACAUCCGGAGACACACAAACUGCAAAAGAUUCAUACACAUUUCUAGUCAACUGGUUCGAGAGGUUCCCGGAAUACAAAACUAGAGAUUUUUACAUCACGGGAGAAAGCUACGCCGGACAUUACAUACCUCAACUUGCCCAGUUAAUCCUUAACAGCAAUCAUGUUGCAAUCAACCUGAAAGGGAUCGCGAUUGGAAAUGCGUAUAUUGACGAUGAAACUCAACAAACGGGAAGCCGUGAUUUUUGGUGGUUCCGUUCGAUUGUUUCCGAUGAAAUCCAUGAUGGAAUUGUUAAGCAUUGCAACUUUUCAUGGAAAUCGGUUUUAUCCGAUAAGUGUAAAACUUAUUUGAAUGAAGAGUAUCAAAUGAUCAGGGACAUCUAUGCUUACGAUAUCUAUGCCCCCUUAUGUUUAAAUGGAACAUCUGUUGAGGUACAGACAACAGGGUUCGAUCCAUGCAGCGAAGACUAUGUCCAAAGUUACAUGAACAUCCCUGAAGUCCAAAAAGCGCUUCAUGCGAAUCUCACUGGUCUUCCGGGACCCUGGAGUGAUUGCAAUUAUGACAUAUUCAAUAACUGGACUGAUCAACCGUUUAGUAUGUUACCAACUAUCCAACAACUCAUGGGAACCGGCAUUCGCUUUUGGAUGUACAGCGGGGAUACUGAUAGCAGUGUACCGGUGACAACAACCAAAUACGCAAUUAAGAAACUUAAUACAACGAUCAAGACACCAUGGUACCCAUGGUACUUGAAUGACGAGGUCGGUGGAUUUGCAGUUGUAUAUGAAAAUUUAACGUUUGUAACCGUUAGAGGAGCUGGGCACUUUAUACCAAACUUUAAACCUGAUCGUGCUCUCGCACUUUUCUCAUCUUUUCUGGAUGGAAAGCCUCCGGCUUCAUAG